AAAGUCUUAGGCAGGACUUUGAGCGACAGAGAUCCGAUAUCGCCUUCAUCUCAGGAGGGUUGAGCCUGUGGACACAGAGGGCCCUUCUAUCCCACAGAGCCCGGCUCCUUCUCCAUCCCCGGCUCUAACCAUGUACUCCACCGGCUUGGAGAUCCUCGGGAUCAUCCUGGCUGUGGCCGGCUGGCUGGGGGUGAUGGUCACCUGCGGCCUGCCCAUGUGGAGGGUGGCGGCCUACAUCGGCCAGAACAUCGUCAUCUCCCAGGUGAUCUGGGAGGGCUUGUGGAUGGACUGUUCGGUGCAGAGCACGGGUCAGAUGCACUGCAAGGUGCACGACUCCAUGCUGGGGCUGCCGGUGGACCUGCAGGCGGCCCGCGCCUUGGUCAUCGUCUCCAUGGUGCUGAGCAUCGCAGGCAUCGGCCUGUCCGUGGCCGGCGCCAAGUGCACCAACUGCAGCCGGGACGUGAGCAGCAAACCGCGGCUCAUGGUGGCCGCCGGGGUGACCUUCAUGGUGGCGGGGCUGCUGCUGCUGGUGGCCGUGUCGUGGACGGCCCACGCCAUCGUCCUGGGCUUCUAUGACCCGAUGCUGGAGGAGACGGGGAAGAGGGAGUUCGGUAACGCUCUCUCGGACAUGCCUUCAGCGGGAUUAGAGGUGCUUGGAGUGACCCUGGCCGUGGUGGGAUGGGUGUCCGCCAUCGUGUCUUGUGCCUUGCCCAUGUGGAGAGUGUCGGCGUUCAUCGGCGUGAACAUCGUCACGGCCCAGGUGACCUGGGAGGGCAUCUGGAUGAACUGCGUGGUCCAGAGCACGGGGCAGAUGCAGUGCAAGAUACACGACUCCAUGCUGGCUCUGAGCGCCGACCUCCAGGCCGCCCGGGCCCUCUCCAUCAUCUCCAUUUUGGUGGGAGUCGUGGGACUCAUGGUAUCCAUCGUGGGGGCAAAGUGCACCAACUGCGUGGACGAAGAGGCAGCUAAGGCCAGGGUGAUGAUAGCCGCCGGAGUGGCCUUUAUCGUGGCUUCUGUGACCCAGAUGAUACCCGUGACCUGGUCGGCUCACACUAUAAUCAUGGAGUUCUACAGUCCGAUCAUACCCGAGGCUCAGAAGAGGGAGAUAGGUGCGGCUCUCUACCUGGGCUGGGCCGCAACUGCUUUCCUUCUCAUCGGAGGGGCCAUCCUCUGCUCCAGUUGCCCCAAGCAACCUGAGAAAAGAUACGGGCCUCCGUCCAAGAUGAUGUACUCCCAGAGCAGGUCAAUCGUCCCGAGUGGAUACGACAGGAGAGACUACGUCUGAAGCCUUUUCACACGUGUUUGCCACCAUGGAAAAAGACAGUUUGGAGUAUUUGAACGUGUGAAACUUUGUCAUCGUCGCAAGCACUGAGGCUUAAAAUGAUCAAAUAAAUAAUGAAAUAACUGUACAAUUUGUGAUUGAAAUGUAUAGAAAAUGUGCGUUGUUUGUGUAGUGAAUGUAUUUUUUUUUAAAGAACACCUCACAUUUGAUCAGGUCUUCUGAAGAACUGUGUCGUCGCGUAGCCUCAAAACUGCAUAUUUGUGUUAUCCGUAUGCUUUGUAAAUCAGUUCUUCCGGUGUGUGUUAAUGUGUUUCAUGUUCAUUUUUAAAUAAAAGCCAUGUUUUUAUACAGCA